CUUUGCAUCCCUUAAAAGUUCCAUUUCGGUCGAGUAAACACGUGUUAACGCGUCGUAGGCGAAUAAAAAAACGUUAGCAUCUUGGACUCUUCUGUCAUAGUGUCAGGAGCGUGUAUCUCCGGUGUGAACUGAGAUAUUAGCUCGAAUCUGAGAGGCUCCUGUUGACGCUCCAGCAAAGAUCCUGAAGACGGAAGUGUACGCUCCUGUUUUCCAGUCAGGGUUUUGAAUGGUGCGCAUGCAUGUCCGUUUUUGAAUGUUUGUUUACGUGUGUUAUAUACGUCUAUGAGUUCUUUCCAAAGAUAAGUCAGGGCUUUGGUUUGCCUCUAAGACGAGCCUCCUGUGGUAUGGCAGCGGCAGCAGAAGGGCCGGAGGACUGCAGCAAGAGCAGCGGAGCGCUAACAGGUGACGGGGAACCUGAGGAGGCCGAGGAGUUCACCUGCUCGGCCUACUGCUCGGAGCUCUCCCGGCGACAGAACGAGCAGAGGAAGGCGGGGCUGUUCUGCGACUUGACGCUGGCUUUCAGGUCCAGGGGGCUGUCGGGGGAGAGGGUCCAAACCGUGUCCGCCCACCGCUCAGUUUUAUCCGCAGCAUCGCACUACUUCACGCUCCUGCUUGGCGGUCAGUUUUCAGAGUCUCAGUCGGAGCGAGUGGAGCUGAAAGAGUGGAGCUCGGAACCCGGCCCCAACCCAGAGACCGUGGAGCUUGUCAUACAGUUCAUGUACACAGGACAAAUCAGGGUAACCACUGCCAAUGUGCAUGAAGUGUUGGAACUUGCUGACAGGUUCCUGUUGGCGCAGUUGAAGAACUUCUGUGGAGAGUUUCUGUUGAAGAAGCUGAGCUUGUCCAACUGUGUGGCUGUGCACAGCCUCGCCCACAUGUACACACUGGACCAGCUGGCCCUGGAAGCUGCUGAAACAAUUAGAAGAAACUUCCACAAAAUUAUUCGCAAUGAAGAAUUCUACAUGCUGCCAUUUCACCUGGUGCGAGACUGGAUGUCAGACUCUGAAAUCACUGUGGAUUCUGAACAGGAGCUGUUUGAGGCCAUUACAAAAUGGGUGCACCAAAACACAGAGGAGCGCCAGAUGCAUUAUGAGGAGCUGUUCAGACUUUUAAGGCUGCCGCAGAUUGCUCCUACCUACCUGACACGGGUGGUAAGAAAGGAGCCCUUGGUGGCAAACAAUGCAGCUUGUCAGCAGCUGGUGUCUGACGCUCUUGAGCUCCAUGCUGUUCAUUCUGAGAGCCUCACGUCAGCUGAUUCAGAGCUCUGUGCCUCCUCCAGGGCAGCGAUCCAGCCACGUUUUGGUCAGAACAUGGAUGUAAUCAUGGUAGUGGGUGGUGUUUCAGAAGGUGGAGAGUAUCUGAGUGAGUGUGUGGGCUACUUUGUUGCUGAGGAUCGUUGGGUAAACUUACCACACAUUCACAACCACCUUGACGGACAUGCCAUCGCAGUCACUGAUAGCCAUGUUUAUGUGGCAGGAUCCAUGGAGCCAGGCUUCGCCAAGAUGGUGGGGCGCUACAACCCCAGCCUCAACAGCUGGGAGCAGGUCAAAAGCCUGACCACCCGCAAACACUCAUUCAGCCUCACAUAUGUCAAAGAUGUACUCUACUGUAUUGGUGGUCAUGGCAACUUCAGUCCGGGCUUUAAGGAUGUUAGUGUGUAUGAGCCUGACCAGGAUGAGUGGCACAAUCUGGAUCCGGCACCAAAGAUACUACGAGAUGUCAAAACAGUGAGUGUGGAGGACCGCUAUGUGUAUGUGAUGGCCAGGACGCCUGUAGACAUGGACAAUGAGGAUGGACUGAGCACUGUAACCACUUGCUAUGAUACAGAGAGUCACAAGUGGCAGGCGGUGCACUUGUUACCACUCAUUGAUAACUACUGUACUUUUCAAAUGGCUGUUGCAUCCACCAACUUCUACCACACAGCUUCCUGUUGUCCCAAGAACUACAAGGUAACAAUUGAGGCUGCCCAGGAGAAAAUUAGCAGGAACGUUUCAGAAGACAUCCUCGACAGCCUCCCUCCAGAGGUCCUUAGUAUGGAGGGUUCUGCUGUUUGCUACCUGGGUGAAGAUAUAUUCAUCAUUGGUGGGUGGAGGAACAGCAACAACAUUGAAAAGCAGUAUCGGAAAGAGGUUUACCGUUACUGUGCCAAGAAGAAGCAUUGGAUGCUGCUGCCACCCUUACCUCAGCCACGCUGCCGAGCCGCAGCCUGCCACGUUCGCAUCCCGUACCAAUAUCUUUACGGCUCCCAGCGCUACCCCAUGCCCCAGAACCUGGCUCGCCAGCGAGAUCGCAUGCAGCAGAUGCAGCAGCUCCAUCGACGCACCCUCACUUUGCGGCGACAGCUGCAGUCUCAGAUUGAAUGUUAGGAUUGAAAGCUGUUUGCACAAAUCUGACAUUCUGCCUUGUGUAGUUAGUACUUCAUCUGCUGAUAAAUGCAGUGUUUGUCAUCCCGAGACUUGAUGAAAUGCCCGAAUGGGUUUACCUGGCUCUGGUUUGUAGGAAAUAAGGUUCAAAUUGUUGAAGUACAAAAAGUGAUUUAGUAGCCUGUCUGGCUAAUUCUUAUCAGUCUUGCAUAAAUAUUUACAUUAUUAGCUUAUGCCUUACUUAAAAUUUUCUAGUAAAUGAUACAGUGAUUGCUGUGAUGUUUUAUGAAGACUGUUGAUUUAAUUGCUAAACAACUUAGUGUUAUGUGUUAGCACCUUAGAAUAAAUCAUGUCAUUUUUCCCCAUUGUUGUUCCAUUUGAUCCAGUGGUUUUGUGGCGUAUAUUGGUUUGUUGGUUUUAGUGGAGUCACUCUGUUUGUCAGACCUUUGUACUUAUGGCAGAAUUUGCUCUGCCUCUUUGUUUGCCUCCAUGAAUAAGAGUGCGUGUUGCCAUAUGGACAAUGCACUGUGAAAACAUGUGAAACCGCGAUGUUGUUGACAUGUUUUUGUUAAUGUUCUCAGUGUUUCCGCCUGUGCCAU